GUGCGGGACAUAUGGUUAGGUUGCUACGAUUGGUAUUGUUCCAUCAUGUGAAGAGUUGCAGGUUACUUUUCAGUUCGUCUGCCAUAAUAAUUCAAAUCUUUAUAUGUACAGUUUGAAUUUCCAAGUUAUCUGUUACCCAAGAAAAAUCCAUUACCUUCAUUUUACUGUUUGGUGAUCAACAGAAUGGGAAAUAUAUGUAAUUCUCUCUGUCCUCAAAAUGUUAACAGAUGUUAUUCAACCUCUGAAUUCGAUGCUCCAAUUCAUGAUUCAGACGUAAAACUUUUAUGUGAAAAUGAAGCCGUACCUAUAUCAGUGGAAAACAAUAAUGAUGACAGUGAUGAACAUGUAAUAACUGUUGUACAUAAAGAAUCAGUUUCAAAGCAUAAAGAGAAAUCAAAUAACACUACUCCUGGUCAGCUGAAUUCUAUAUCUUCUCUGCAAGGUCCGAAAGUAAUAAAAGAGUAUGUAAAAUUUCCUUUUCUUACGGAUAACGAGAUGGGAAAUUGGAUUAUUAAAUCUCGGUUCAUGUUUAUAUUACGUGGACCACCUGGUUCGGGGAAAUCCUUUGUGUCUGAGUGCAUCCGAAUUCGUUUUCCCAUGGCUAAGAUCUUUUCUGCAGAUGAUUUCUGGUAUUUAGAAUCCGACGGGUGUGAGUACCAAUUCGACAUCAGUCGAUUGAGUGAAGCUCACGAGUGGUGUCAUAAUAAUGCUUAUAAUGCUGCUUGUUCUGGGUACAGUCCAAUAGUUAUUGACAACACAAACACAAGAAGUUGGGAAACACGUUAUUACACAGAUAUGGCUCGUCGUUUUCAUUACUUUGUAAUCAUGGUCAUUCCACAAACACCAUGGCGAUUUGAUGCGGAAACUUUAACUAUGCGUAAUGUACAUUUCGUCAGUUUGGAUACAAUUGAAGCUAAAGUCCGGAAUUUCGAACAUAUCUAUCCAUUGUAUUAUGGUUGGUUUUGGUCAGCACCGCCGAGUGAACCAUAUUCAAAACUUGACAUCUCAGAUACUUCACUAGACAUAGUUAGUAGACCAGGUAAACGGCGUAAAAGCUCUAUUCACUCAAACCCAUGUAUGGAAGUGAAUCGGUUGCUUAAAUGGGGAUGGGAUGCUCUUAAUACUAUUAUAGAAUUACCCGGCGUACGUUAUGAAUUAAUAAAUGCUUUUGGUCUACCCCAAGAUGCGACUGUACAUGAUGUAAUAACUCAUUGGGAAUCCGCUACAAUACCUGACUUUGGGACAGGUUUGAAAACUUGCAACACACCUGGUAUUCCUCAUGUAACAGCUAAGUUUUCUAAAUAUGGUCGAGCCUUCGGUGCAGAACAUUAUGCUCUACGUAGAUCUGUGAGUGAAACUUUACUGGGGAAGUUAUUCACAGUACAAAUUACCGGAUUAGUGAUCACUCCACGUACAAUAGGUGCUAGGGUUAAACUUCCAAAUGAUGAGGUUAUUCGACAUCUCUGGGCUGCCGACGAUCAAGAAGUUGUAUUCCCAGGUAAUAUUGGUAUAAUGCCUGUGAAUCGUCCAACUGGUUGUCGUGCUCAUGUUACAUUGGCUUUAGCAACUGGUGUAUCCCCAUCGGAAACAGGUCUUGAUUUACUACGUGUUGUAGACAUGGAGUUGAACAAUCGGCCAGGCGAUCAUGUAGCAAUUAUUAAAAAUGGUUCUGUUCGUCGACUUGUCAUUCCAAAAUUACAUUGUAAUACGUCACCUGAACACUGUUUAGUAAAGGUACCAAAUAACUCAAACCAUUCACGUAAUAAUAAUAACUUUUACGUUAAUGAUAUCUCAUCAGUUCCGCUCUCAGAUUGUGAGACUAUUUAUGUGUACGAUCUUGAUUUUCCUCAUCACUACCGUGUUACUUUUGCUGCUUCAUAUUGAGUUAUCCUUUCAUAAGUUUCCAUUACGUCAUAAUUAAUUGUCAAUAUCUUCUUGCCUAUCUGCCUUACUUUGAAUCGGUUCAAUUACCUGUAUACAUACAUAUACGCAUAAUACCUUAACUUAUUUGUUUCCAUUAAUUCAGUUUUUACAUUUGUUCAUUUUAUCGGAUUUGCAUAUUUUCUCUUUGUCACUUUGUACAUGGAUAAAUCAACAUUUGUAGCAAACAUUUUGUCUAGUCUUGUAUUUGUACCGGAUUAUACUAAUUGUUGAAAUUUAUUCAUGCUAUUGUAACUAUGACCGCUUCUAAUCUGCUAGUAUUAUUUAGUAGUUGGUUAUGUACUUAUCGUCUUAUAACCGGCCGAAAUCGUUAUCCGAAUGAUUAAUUUCUUGUAACUGUUUAUUUUUUCAUGCUGUAAUACUUGUGAAAUUCUAUAAAAUCACAAAUGAAAACUGGUAUAUAUAUAUAUAUCAUAUAUUACGGUUCAUUGUUUAAUGAUGAAUUUACUAUGGCGAGUUCAUUUUCUUUCUUACCAUGACAUGUGGUAUCUAAGCGUAUAAGAUACAAUACCCGAUGUAAAAUUUAUAUAUUCCCACUGUGUUAAUUUUCUUGUAAUAAUUCAUUUUUGCAUUGACUACUAAAUAAUAGGGUCUUAAUUCACCGAAGAGAGUGCUUGAAAGGAUAUGGAAAGUUAUCUUAGUUAAUAAUACGGUCCAAACUGUCAUGAAUAGAAC